AAAAAAAAAAAAAAAAAAAAAGUUCACGAGUGUCGCCGAUUGAAGUCCGGCUCCGUAUCCCGCCGCUGCCCGCUGUCAUCUUCCUGUUGUGCUCUCCACGACGAAUCCGUCAUUCAGGUCGAAUCUCAUCUCGCGCAGUCUUCCAUCUUUCCAAACCUGCAAUCUUCCCGUUCUUUUUCCACUCUUUUUCCGCAUCAACCUGACUCGCGCAGUCGACGACUUACACCUCCAGGCUUGGCCCUACUGCGAAUCCGCGUCCAUCAAUCAGACAUCCCGGCCUCCCUCCGCACAAGCCAGCUUCUCCAACCCGCGUCCCUCUGCCCCCCUCCCCCCCGGUCGGCCUUUCCCCUCUCCAAGGUCCUGCCGCCGCUGCCACUGCUGCUGAGUGCUGCUCCUCCAGCUUGGUUUGGAAUCCCCACAUAAACAUUCCAUACUAGCAAAUUGAACACAACCUCCUCUCUCAAAAAAAACACCACCACAACCACCCAACCUUCACAUCACACCCUCUCACCAUGAUCGUCCCCGUCCUCUCAAGGCAGGCUCUCCGCCAUGCCAGCGUCGCCCGUGUCGCCCUCCCCAGCCUCACAAGAUGGUACGCCUCGUACCCCCCUCACACCGUCGUCAAGAUGCCCGCCCUCUCGCCCACCAUGACCUCGGGCGGUAUUGGCGCAUGGCAGAAGAAGCCCGGUGACAAGAUCGAGCCCGGUGAGGUGCUCGUCGAGAUCGAGACCGACAAGGCCCAGAUGGACUUUGAGUUCCAGGAGGAGGGUGUCCUCGCCAAGAUCCUCAAGGACUCGGGCGAGAAGGACGUCGCCGUUGGCAACCCCAUUGCCAUUCUCGUCGAGGAGGGCACCGACGUCAACGCCUUCAAGGACUUCACCCUCAAGGAUGCCGGCGGCGAGACCUCCCCCGCUGUCCCCAAGGAUGAGCCCAAGAACGAGAGCACCGCCAGCGCUCCGACCCCCGCUCCUACUCCCGCUCCCGAGCCCGAGAACACUAGCUUCACCGGCCGCUUCCAGACUGCCCUCGAGCGCGAGCCCAACGCUCUCCCCGCUGCCAAGAGACUCGCUCGCGAGAAGGGCAUCGACCUGCGCAACGUCAAGGGCUCUGGUCCCGGUGGCAAGAUCACUGAGGAGGAUGUCAAGAAGGCUCUUGCUAGCGCUCCCGCUGCCGGUGCCGCCGCCGCUGCCUACACUGAUGUCCCCAUCUCUGGCAUGCGCAAGACUAUUGCCGCCCGCUUGAAGGAGUCUGUCACGGAGAACCCCCACUUCUUCGUUUCCACCAACCUCUCCGUCAGCAAGCUUCUCAAGCUCCGCCAGGCGCUCAACAGCUCUGCUGAUGGCCGCUACAAGCUUUCGGUCAACGACUUCCUCAUCAAGGCCAUGGGUAUUGCUUCCAAGCGCGUCCCUACCGUCAACAGCUCGUGGCGCGACGGUGUCAUCCGCCAGUUCGAGACCGUCGACGUUUCCGUUGCCGUCGCCACCCCCAACGGCCUCAUCACCCCCAUUGUCAAGGGUGUCGAGGGCAAGGGUCUCGAGAGCAUCUCGGCCGCCGUCAAGGAGCUCGCCAAGAAGGCCCGCGACGGCAAGCUCAAGCCCGAGGAGUACCAGGGUGGCAGCAUCUCCAUCUCCAACAUGGGCAUGAACCCCGCCGUCCAGAGCUUCACCGCCAUCAUCAACCCUCCCCAGGCCGCCAUCCUUGCCGUUGGCGCCCCCCAGAAGGUUGCCGUCCCCGUUGAGAACGAGGAUGGCACCACCGGUGUCUCUUGGGACGAGCAGAUCAUCGUCACUGCCAGCUUUGACCACAAGGUUGUCGAUGGUGCUGUCGGUGCCGAGUGGAUCCGCGAGUUGAAGAAGGUCAUUGAGAACCCUCUCGAGCUCCUCCUUUAAACGCGAAUAGCACUCUGUUUUGGAUGACGUUCAGUGGAGUUAUACGGAUCGAGCGACUGCAAACUAGAUAGCAGUCACUUGGCCCCAAGUUCACGGCAGGCCGGCGCAUGAGAUUUUAUAGAAAUGGGCAGGCAUUGGAAGGAUGGAUGAAUGGAUGGGAGGAAGAGAGGUGAUGGAAUGACAAUGUCAGUCAGUUGGUUGACAAAAAAGCGAGCUGAUGCUACAAAAGCUUUUGGGAGGUUCCAUUCAGUGUCAUGUUUGUGUUCUCUCUCAACCACCAUAUGUAUAAUGAUUCGAUCCCACUUUUUAUAAGCAAAAACUUGAGCAUGAGGUGUGCGGGAAAUACAGGAAAUCUUUGUUUCUUUUUCGUUUGUUAGAGUUGAGUUCAGCCCCGGCAUCGGUUAGGCAACUUGAGGACUUUUGGAUACAGGAUUUGGGAAUGGCACCCCAAUCUGUUUGUCCAUUUCUAGCCAAAUAUGUGGUCGAAGCUGCCAUGUUUUGGCAAACCUGCUGCUUGGCUGAGGAUACCAAUUUUAAUUUUGGAUAUCAGUAUUUGGACAGAUUCUGCUUUGGCAAAGCGAGGAAAGGUCCUGACCAG